CUGAAAGAACAAAAAAAAAGAGGUUUCAAAAAUGUCAAAGAAGAAACCUCUGUCUGCUGAGGAGAAGCGCACGAAAAUGCUUGAACUUUUCCACGAGUCACAGGACGUUUUUCAAUUGAAAGAUUUGGAGAAAAUUGCUCCUAAAGAGAAAGGUAUUGUACAGCAGUCGGUCAAGGGAGUGUUGACGGAGCUAGCUGAUGAUGGAAUCAUAGAUUCAGAGAAAAUUGGAACAAGUGUUUAUUAUUGGGCUUUUCCAAAAAAAUCCAUCAAUGAUUUGAGAAAAAAAAUUCGAGAAGUGGAGGCGGUGAAUGAAAAGGCUGACCUAAGAAUAAAAGAACUCGAGGACUCGCUGAAAAAGUCUACAGAAGCCUUAGAAAACAUUGACGAAGUCACAAGAAUCCAAAACGAAGUGACGCUCUUGAAAGUUGAAAAAACCGACUUAGAGAAGGAACUAAAUAGUUUGGGAGAGAAUGAUCCAGAAGUUCUGGCGGCAAAAGAAGACGAAAUAAAAAAACUACUUGAAGCCGCUAAUCGAUGGACCGAUAACAUUUUCUACAUAAAAUCAUGGUGCAAAAAUAAGUUUGGCAAAGAGGACAAGGAACUGGACAAGGGAUUUGGAAUACCAGACGAUUUAGAUUAUCUACAUGAAUAAAACUUAUUUUACUUA